GCAGAGCUGAUUGUGGGUGAUCAGAGUGGUGCCAUUCACAUCUGGGACCUGAAGACUGACCACAACGAGCAGCUGAUUCCAGAGCCUGAAGUUUCCGUCAAUUCGGUUCACAUUGACCCCGAUGCCAGUUACAUGGCAGCUGUGAACAGCUCGGGCAAUUGCUACGUAUGGAACCUGACGGGUGGCAUCGGAGAGGAGGUGACGCAGCUGAUCCCCAAGACCAAGAUCCCGGCGCACAACCGCUACGCUCUUCAGUGCAAGUUCAGCCCCGACUCCACGCUCUUGGCUACAUGUUCUGCAGAUCAGACAUGUAAGAUCUGGAGGACUUCAAACUUCUCCCUGAUGACAGAGCUGAGCAUUAAGAGCAAUAACCCAGGGGAAACGUCUCGGGGCUGGAUGUGGGACUGCGCGUUCUCCGGGGACUCCCAGUACAUCGUCACAGCCUCCUCUGAUAACCUGGCCAGGCUUUGGUGUGUGGAGACAGGAGAGAUCAAGAGGGAAUACAGCGGCCACCAGAAAGCGGUCGUCUGCCUUGCUUUCAACGACAGCGUGUUGGGGUAA